AUAAACACAGUUGUUUUGAUCUGUCAGAAAAUCAGGCGAUUGCGCUGGCGGCUCCCAGCAGGAUCUGGUCUCAUUGUGAGCACACAGUCAGUGCCGAGCGGUUUGUUUUCGACGAACCCGAAGACACUUCCGUGCGGUCGUUCUGUUUGGGGCCUCAAGGGUCUCGCCUGCUGUUUUUAAUAGUGCGUUACGUCAGCUAGCAGGCUAUCAGCUGGUUAGCCUGCUAGCUGACGCUCUUCACAGUUCAAAGUUAACAUUAGCUGACGGACUGGCGGCGUAGUGGCCGCUAGCAGCAGGACGCCUAGACGAAGCCUAUGUCGUGUGUGUCGUAUGUGCAGUGUGUUGCGCUUGGCAUAGGUUCGCGCUGUAACUGGCUGUGCAGUGACCUUUCAGGCAACCGUCCCCACCUCUCUGUAACCGCUAGGUGCCCAGCCACCUCCUCCUCUUCCUGUGUGUUUCUCUACCAGCCAACAGCAGCGCUGGCAUGAGUUUCUGACAAGAAAGUGCAGAAAACGCAGAGCGAUGGUAGCACUGGACUAGAUAAACCUGCCUGAACAUCAGUAUCUUGCUAUGGCUGAGGAUGGGGGCCCGAGUCCAAUGGGAGGACGCGCUGGCUCAUCAGGCCGUCCGGGCCGACAGACCUACAGAAGUUCAGCCCAUUUCCGCAGCCUGCUGGACGGCCUGCUGGCUCUUAGACAUAGUGGCAUCCUGUUUGAUGUGGUGCUGCUGGUGGAGGGUCGACCCAUCCAAGCCCACCGUAUACUUCUGGCAGCCUCUUGCGAUUAUUUUAGGGGGAUGUUUGCCGGAGGCCUUCGAGAGACACAGCAAAAGGAGAUUCCAAUUCAUGGAGUAUCCUACAUGGCCAUGAAAAAAAUACUAGACUACAUCUACACCUCAGAGAUUGAGUUAGACCUGGAGUGUAUUCAGGAAGUCUUGAUAGCUGCCACACUGGUACAGCUUGAGAAUGUCAUUGGCUUCUGCUGUGAUUUCCUCUUCUGCCGGCUGGAUGAGAGCAACAUUUUAGAGGUGCGUCAUCUAGCUGAUCUCUACGGACUGCAGCAACUUAAUGCCAGGGUCCACUUCUACAUCCUCAGGAACAUUCAGACUUUGUCUCGAAGUGACACGUACCGACAGCUCCCCCAAGAUGACGUCUUCAGAGCACUGAGAAGUGAUGAGCUUCAGGUGAACAGUGAGAACGAGGUGUACGAGGCUGCACUUCACUACCACUACAGUCCUGAGCAGGUGGAAACUGACCAGGUGUACUUGCAGGUCAGUCGCGAGGAUCAUCUCAAGAUGCUUGAUGCUGUGCGUUUCUGCCUGAUUGAGAAACAAGUGUUGCAGAGACUGUAUGGCAGACUGAACCAGUGUCCACUGAAGAAUUCCGUCUCAGCUGCCUUGCGUUACCAUGAGCAGGAGAUCUGGCAGCCCGUCCUGCAGAGUCCUCUCACCCAGCCACGGUCCACCUUCCGCUGUAUAUUGGGCUUCGGGGGGAUGUUCACCUCCAGCUCCCUCACAGACGGCGAGCACUUGUUUCAGGUGUUCCACCCGAGCUGGGGGGAGUGGAGGACUCUCACCGCAGCUCACGUACCCCGAAUGUCCAACCAGGGCAUCGCUGUGCUCAACAACUUCGUUUAUCUUAUUGGAGGAGACAAGAACACCAGUGGAUUUCGAGCAGAAACCCGCUGCUGGAGAUACGACCCUCGUCACAACAGCUGGUGCUCCAUCCAGCCUCUGCAGCAGCAGCAUGCCGACCACUGUGUUUGUGUGGUGGGGGGCCAUAUUUAUGCCAUCGGAGGGCGAGACUACAGCAAUGAAUUGGGCUCAGUAGAGCGCUAUGACCCACACACCAACACGUGGGAAUUUUUAGCACCUCUAAAGAGAGAAGUGUACGCCCACGCUGGAGCAGUGAUGGGUGGAAAAAUUUAUAUAACCUGUGGGCGCAGAGGACUGGCGUACCUCCGAGAGACCUACUGUUUUGACCCUGCUGCAAAUCACUGGACAGCGUGUGCAGAGGGGCCAGUGGAGCGGGCGUGGCAUGGCAUGGCUGCUGUUAACGGACGUGUCUAUGUCAUUGGGGGAAGCAAUGAUGAGCGUGGAUACCGCCGUGAUGUCCUGAAGGUGGCAUGCUUGGACCCCACAGCCGACUCUUGGUCUUUAAUGACCCCUCUCCCCGCUGGACAUGGAGAACCUGGCGUAGCGGUCCUGGACACCCGCAUCUACAUUCUGGGGGGGCGCUCUCAUGACAAAAGCAAGAGGAUGAAAUACGUACACGUAUACAAUACCGACACCGAUGAAUGGGAGAAUGAGACAGAGUUUAAGGAGCGCGUCUCUGGCUUGGCAGCCUGCGUGGUGCUUAUGCCUCCUGCUACGAUUGCGCAGGCCAGGAACUGGGAGCAGCGCACCAAGGCUUCGUGGGAGGACGUGGACAUGGACAACUCCGAGGACUCUAGUGGAGACUGAAACACCUGGUUUUGAACGGAAUCUAUGUGCACAGGAGACUGCCAUUGCACCUUUUUUUUAAUCGGCAUGUUGAAUUUUAAGUGCUUUGGGUAUAUUUUCUGUGGCAGUGGUUAUGACAGCAUCGUGUCCUUUUUGCAUGUUGACCACUUUGAGUGCCUCCGAACCAAAGUGUCAUUCAGGACCUUUGCACACUCUUUGUUACUUCUUAGAUAUGAUCUAAGAUAAUCACACUCUGACCAUGAAUUCCUGCCUGCUCAAAUGCUAAUGCUACUAUUUUUCGUUGAUCCCUCAUUAUUUCCUGCCAACGUAGCUGCUUCCCAAUGUUUAUCAUAAAGAAAACGUUUUCUAUCUUCAAGCGAAAUAAAGCAGUGAAGACUACUGGCUAUGCAAUGACAUGAUAGUAUGGAGUGCUCUCGGCCGCGUAUGUUUAGUCUUUCAAGACUUUUUGACGUAGGAUCUUCUAAACCUGGCUUUAGAAUUCAGAGUUUUACAGGCAGCUUUUACCUUUUGUAAUUUAUAGUUUGCUUCUCCACCCUAGCAGCUACUGAUUAUUGCUAGGAACCUAAAUAGAGUUAUCAUCACAUCCAAACUACUGAAUAGUCAUUAAGCUGUUAAAUUUUUAACAUUGUGCCUUUUUUUUUGCGGUUACACCUAAAUCUGAGCUGUGAAGUGUAUUUUUAUGUUUAUCAGUCUAUGUUUAGAUGGAGAUGAGCCUUAGGUAUUGUGCCUCCGAAAUCAAAGUUUGUUGUAAAAAACAAUGUUGACCUGGCUUGUGUUUGAACCUGAAUGAUGAAGCAAUGGUGCUACAGUUUGUAGACCUCAUCUCAAAAUAUGUUGCCAUGUCUCUAAAUUAAAUCUGAGCAUCAAGUCUUGAUAUUUGCAUAAUGAAAACCAAACCAUUAUGGUAAUAUUUUUCGUGUCCUUUCAUUGAUCUUCCAUACUGGAUGUUAUUUCAUAGGAGAAUCCAAAGAGCACAAUGAAGUGCAGUUGUAGAAUAUUUCUAUUUGCUAAAUCGAGCUUUGCUCCAAGGUUCUGUUUUUUGCCUCAGUUCACUGUUAACGCUGUUAAAUAUAGUCAGAUAAUAUGUGAAAUGACCCCUCCAUCACUAUGCAUCCUUUAUUUCUGUCACUGAAAAACUCCAGGAAUGACUCUAUUUCAAAACGUAGCUUUCUUUUUCAUAGAAUGAGAGUUAUGUCUCAAGAAGGAAUGUUUUAGUAUUAGAACACAAUGUCACACAAGAUAUGCAACAUUAGUGUCCUAUUAACGGGAUGAGUUUUCAAAUUUAAUAAAAGUAUCUAAUAGUACAGUAUGUUGCAUUUGUCACGCAUUCACAUUAGUUGGGGUCAUGACCGUAGCUACCAUCAUGGUCACUGAGGUCAUGUGCUCAGACAUUUUUGGGGGGCAAGUGGGGGUUCUAGCAACCUAGGGGGAGUUACUGUAUAUUCCACAGUUACAAACUAACACAUGUUGGGUAUUAGUAAGGUAGAUUUUAUUAUUUUAAAAUUUGACUAAUUUUAGACCAACAAGAGAAACAACUUGGCAUCUCUCCCUCAGAAUUGUAUGACAUCAUUGAAAGCUUGGCAAUCCUUCAUCGUCUGGGUCAAUAAUUCCCAAAUAAUUUCCUGAAGCAUUUCUGGGAAAGAAGAAUGUAAUCUAGAACUAAUUACCUGGAAAAUAGAGACAAGGUUCUGAGCGUUUACUCAUUGAGCUGCAUGGAGUUUAUAAGCAGUUGUUGCUCUCCAGAGCAAUUUCCUCAAUAGAAUUGCUUCAUUUUUAAAUUUUAUUUAUUUAUUUAUUUGUUUGUUUGUUUUUGUUUUGGAAUCUAGGGGUU